AUGCAUUGCGACAGUGGAAUUCCCGAUCCAUUAGCACAGAGCAACAGACCACCAGAUCUUCCUGGUGGUCUGGACAGCAAAAGGUUUUCACAUCAAAGGGCCGCCCGCACUAACGGCUCUGUGCUCUCUCCCCGCGCAGCCAUCGUCGGAGCGGUGGCCGUGUACCUGGUGGUGGGCUACGGCGCGUCCCUGCUCUGCAACAUCAUCGGCUUCGGCUACCCCGCCUACAUCUCAAUCAAGGCCAUUGAAAGUCCCAACAAAGAUGAUGACACACAGUGGCUGACUUACUGGGUUGUGUAUGGUGUUUUCAGCAUAGCAGAAUUCUUCUCUGAUAUCUUUCUGUCCUGGUUCCCUUUCUACUACAUGCUAAAGUGUGGCUUCCUGUUGUGGUGUAUGGCUCCAAGCCCUUCUAAUGGGGCAGAGUUCCUCUAUCAUCGAAUUAUUCGGCCUUUCUUCCUGAAGCAUGAAGCUCAGCUCGACAGUGUUGUUAAAGACCUGAAAGACAAGGCUGCAGAGACUGCAGAUACCAUCACUAAAGAAGCCAAGAAAGCAACAGUGAACUUACUGGGUGAAGAAAAGAAGAGCACUUAAACUAUUAACUGGAUAAAGUUUCCCUACCACCUCCUUUAUGAAGCUUGAUGUUACUGGGAACUGUGGUAUAAUUUUAAUAAUAUUGCCUUGGAAACAUUUUGAUAUAUUAAAGGAAUGUGUUCUAAGUUUGCUUACUACUUUGCUGUGUCUGUAUAGAAAGUAAGAAUUUUUAUUUAAAAGCAAUGCAGUGGGCAGCAUCUGAAGCUUAACGAAAAUAUUUUAUUCACCUUCAUGCAGAAGAAAUCUUUCAGUAAUCUCUUUCUGCAGUAACAUAAAUAAAAAGUAUAUAUCCCACAGGCUCUGCACUUUAGUUGUCUCUUUGCGUACAUAAUUGCUCUUAACACUUUGACUGCAGUGUGUCUGGUAACAUGAAGCUAUUGUAUAAGGAAAAUACUAGUCUGAACGGAUCUUCUUGAAUAUACAGGGAAUUAUUGUGAGAUGGCAUAAUGGAUGUAUUCCCCACCAAUAAAGUUGUAAAUGAUGAAAUUACAUGUUCUAGGUGCCUGAUGACAGCGGUUUUUCACUGUUGCAUGUUUCAUCGUAACACAAUAUUUGGUACAGUGUGUGUAUUCUUAAAUGGAUAGAUACUAAAUAUAGGAAAGAGUAACUUCAUUCAAGUGAUCCAGCUUAUAUUAGCAUUAAGUAAUUUGCCAGAAAUGGAUGCACUAAAUUGCACAAGAUUAGCACAAGAUGACUAAAGUACAACUCCUUGCCUCUUCUUGCUAAAUAAAGUUGUCAUCUAGAAUUGCUAAUAGAGUGCCUUUUAAGAUCACACUCAAAAGCACAAACCACCUUUUGCUAAGAAGUGAUACCAUUACAAACACUUUUUCUUAAAGUCCUGUUGAAAUAUUAACUGUCUUGGGUGUCAGUCCCCAGAACUGCAUCAGUAAUGGGAUGGACUACCACCUCCCAUGAGCUUUUUCUGCUCAUAAAAAUCUGAAGUCUCUUCUGACUUUACUAAGAAAAACUUUGCAUGAGCACUGAAACUUCCUGAAUAGAGAUGCUGUUGUUGUUACUGGAUAUAUUCCUGACCAAUCAGUAAGAAUGCAACCAAAGUCGUUAAGAGAAUAAAGGCUUUUUUGCCAUCAAUGGAAAAGAAUUUUUUUUCUUAAGAUCUGAAUCUGUAUUCACUUUUUCACACUGCAGUAUUUUCAACAAAUUCAGCAUGAAUUACUGAAAUCUCCCUGUUCUCAUCUCCAUGCUGACGUUUCUUUAAAGCACAGAAAUGCUGUGACAGUUCUUAACUCAUAGAGCACGCAGAAGGUAAGCUUAAGCUUUUGAUAGGAUAAAAAGUGAUUUCUGGUCCACAUUCUUAAAAUCAGAAGAUUUAAUCUUAAAAUAGACUUUUGAAGACUUUUGCCUUUCUGCAACAAGUUGGUAUAUAAACAUUCACUGAAUUUUCAGAUGCAAGAACUGCAAAAGAAUGAAGCACACAGUGCAACUCGGCAGGUCAGUUUUAAAUUUGAGAGAGAGAUAUUGUAAGAAGAGAUGUAAAAGUGUCUUAAGAGAAAGCAUUUUAAGCUUUAAGCUGGAAAACACGGCCCUUAUGGCUGUCAACUUGGAUAGGGAAGUAUGAGACCCCCUGUGCAUCAUUUUCUGUAGGAUAGCAUGCAGUUUGUCAUUUGAAGGAAAAAAUGUAAAAUAUCACAGCUAAUCAUUCCAUGACAACUUCUUGUUAUGAGUGGAUGUGCUGAAGAGGAUAAAGUUUACAGCAAAGAUGUAGAUGUAAGCGAGUAAAAAGUUUUAAGUCACUCGCCAUUUAAGUGGUUUAAUUUCUUGUCGUAUCUUCCUCUGUCUUAAACCCACUGAACUUUUCUGUAAGCCAUACGAAAUCCUAGUGCUGUGUUUUAAACAAUCCCAACUGUGCAUAUAGCAGUCAUGUGGCCAGUGGAAUUUAGUUUCACCUUUUGAAA